AUGGUGAGCAUUGGAAACCAUGAAUAUGGCUACACCAAAGGCGGGAAGCAUGACCUCAGCGGAGGUAUGCUGCCAUAUGGAGGCAGUUUUAACCCUUCGUGGGGAAAUUUCGGUGCCGAUUCUGGAGGAGAAUGUGGAGUGCCUAUGCACCACCGGUGGCACGUCCCUAAGACAGGAAAUUGGAUUUACUGGUACAGCUUCAAUUACGGGGGCAUUCAUGUAAUUCAAAUGUAG